AUGACAUCUCCUUUUAUGGAUGAAGAUGGAGAUCUAGCAACUUAUUUAUUUCAAUCUGAUUCUCAACUUGAACAUGUUACUAUCAAUGAUUGUACUCUUUUUAUUAUUAAUGAUGAUGAUAUUGGUAUUUGUACUCGAUUAACACAUCUUUCAGUUGUACUUGAAGGAAUGCAUCCAGUAUUUAUACUCAUUAAACAUUUGCCUAACAUUCACGAAUUGAAGGUAAAAAUUCGAAGUCAACAAUGUAUUGGUCAAGAACUACCUAAUACUAAAGGAAUAAAAUCAUGUAAUACACUUCAUUCAGUUACUUUUACAGGCUGGAUUAAAUAUUUUGAUCACAUGGAAAUGUUCUUUGCUACUUUUGGAUCGACAAUUGAAAGUCUCUUUUUAAACAUUGAUUUAAUGUUUCGUGGAGUGGACGGUAAACGACUUGAACAGAGCCUAUUAGACAAAAUGCCUCGUCUAUCAUCACUUGAUCUAAUUAUUCAUUCAACUGUAGCAGAUUCUGAUCCAUUAGAAAUCGAAACUUUUCAAAGUUUUACUUGGAAACAAUUCAAUCCUAUAGUAUACUGGAAUGAUAGUUAUGCUCAUCAGCAUACAAUUUUUACUUUACCAUAUAAAUCUGAUCGAUUUAAACAUCUUUCAAAUGAAUUUAUUUCAUCAUGUAUUUCAAAUCGACCAGUUUCUCUUUGUUUUGAACGUGUUCAUUCUCUUUCACUCAUUACUACAACACCAUUAACUUUGAAAACAUUUCAAUUUAUUGAAAAAGUUUUUCCAAAUGUUAAAACGCUUGAAUUGACAGAUUGUAUUAAGCAUCCAUUAGACGAAAGUGAAGAAGAUAGAAGUGUUAUUGCCGUGAAUGAAGAUAUUCUUUUCGAUACUACUUUACAAAUACCAUCUGUUACUGAAUUCUGUUUCUUCAUAUGGACAAAAUAUGACAAUUACAAGACAUUUCGUCGUCUUCUUGCUCUUUUUCCAAAUUUAGUUUAUCUAGAACUUGGUACCACUGCUUGUGAUAAGUCAACUAAACAUAAAUUUAAAAUGUGUCCAUUACAAUGGACAUAUAAGGCAGUAGGUACAAUUUGUAAUAAACGAGUUGAUACACCUUUAUAUAUGCCACGCAUUGCACUUGCCCUGUCAAAACAUUGA